AUGCAGCAGAAAUACGAGCAAUAUGAGUUUCACCCCGUUGCGGAUGCCGUCAAAGACUUUGCCAAUGGAGAGUUUGUCAUCGUGAUGGACAAUGAGGACCGUGAAAACGAAGGUGAUCUGAUCAUCGCAGCAAAGACUGUAACAACCGAACAGAUGGCAUUCUUGAUUCGCUAUUCAAGUGGUUAUGUAUGCGUUCCUUCUACAGAUGAGCGUUUGGAUGCUUUGGAGCUGCCUCUAAUGGUUCCUAGAAACACUGAAUUGAUGAAGACAGCCUAUACUAUUUCUUGCGAUUAUGUACAUGGUACAACUACUGGUAUCUCUGCACACGACCGUGCCCUGACAGCCCGCAAAUUGGCCGACCCUACUUCCGUUGCCACUGACUUUUCUCGACCAGGACAUAUUCUGCCAUUGCGCGCUGUUCCGGGAGGAACUUUUGAACGUUUUGGUCACACUGAGGCAGCCGUAGAUUUGUGUAAGUUGGCUGGAUUACCAGAAGUGGCAUGUAUUGGAGAGCUGGUCAAGGAAGAUGAUCCCUCUGGAAGUAUGGCCCGUCGCGAUGAUUGCUUUGCCUUUGCAAAGAAACACAACAUCAAGAUGAUCACCAUUAAGGAUUUGAUCGAAUAUAGACGCCAGGUUAACAUCUAAACCGAAAAAAUGAUGGAACCUACUCCUUUACCAUUUCCCUUCAUCUUCCUUUUAUUACUGCAGACUCUUUUCUUGUAUAUAAAUGUAUGCAUUCUAUCCCUUCUCCUAAUCUUUCGCAUGAAAUAUUUACUUUAUUUUAUCAAUA